UAUUGAGCAGUGUUGUUGCUGCGAGGAGCUUUGUGAUUUCAGACUUUCAAGUCCGUCAGUCUGGCUUUCAUGAUAGAUAACCGGUACCUGAAUGCUAAAGAGAGCGAAUUUGUCGACUUAGUUUUACAAGACAUCGAAAAUUUCCAGGAGCAACACGACUGGGACAAAAGUAUUCUUCUUUUCCCACCUCUACUAAGCCAUUAUCGAUUCCUCAUUCACCAUACCGUGGAAGAUUUCAACAAUCUGUCAACGUUUUCUGUUGGUGAAGGAGACGAUAGAAGAACUGUUGUCUGUCCUCUUCAUCUCAGGAAAAUGGCAGCAAAGGAAGAGGAACUACUUGACUGGCGUAGGAAUCCAAUGGAUGGUGAUGCUCAAUGUGGUUAUAGGACAGAAUGUAAAAGAGAAGAUGACAGACAACCAAAAAAUAAACAGCACUAUGAUAAAACCUCAUCUAAAAGUGUGAGACUCUCCUCCCUUGAUGGAAGUAGUGGUGAUGUCAGAGAGCGUCAUGAAAAACCAAGAGAACGAAGAACUGGUGGCAGACCCCGAAGAGCUGCCCAGGAACUGUAUAUGCCAAGAGCAAUGAGACAAAGGCAGCAAGAACAACAACAACAACAACAACAGUCACUUAAUCAACAUACAAAAGCUGAGUCAACAAUAAAUGAAACAAAGAGAGAUAGACAACAAUCUGUAUCUGCUGAUGGGCAAAGCCAAGCUAGAUUAUCCAAAGGUAGCCAUAAAGAAAGAACAAAACGAUCUCAGGGAUACGAUGAGCGAAAUCCGCGGAUUCAAAAGCAUGAUGGCAAAAAACAUUUGAGUACAAGCAAAAAUGAAAGGUCUGAGAAGCAUCGAAAUGUAGACAGAGUUUCAAUGUCUCAAGAAAAUGACAAGUCAGAAACAAGGCAUGUUGAAGAGAGAUCUUCUAGUGCAAGGACAAAUGAAAAAACAGAGAGAAGGAAUAGGAAAAAGCCUAAUAACUUAGAAAGUCAGAAUCCCACAGUUUCUAAAAAAGAAUCCUUGGUAUACCAGAAUGAGAUAAAGGGAUCAGUGGCCAGUCUGAGUGAUUGCUUUAGUACAAGACAUGAUCUUGAAUUUGUUGAGGAUAGAAAUACAGAUACAAGUUUUAACACUAGCAUUGAUGCAAACAAUGAUUAUGCUUCUAGACAAACACCAAGUCAGUCAAAGGAAAUAAAUAUUACAGGAGAUGAUAUAAUUGAUGCCCAUUCCACUAAUAAAAAUUGUUUAGGAAAUACAGAACAAAUUUCUGAUUUGAUGAUAGAACCUCAGGGAUCAGUGUUAGAACAUUCAGAUGAGAACACCGCAAUCACAGAUGAGGUUAUAGUUGAUACAGUUCGUCCAAUUGUACAGAAUGUUGGUUUAGUUAAAACAGAUAAUGUACAAAGCAAUACAAGUAUCCACUGCCAUGAGGAAAAGGAUCCUGUGAUUCAUAAAGAACACUGUGUUGGUAUGGGUAAGAUUGAUGUUGAAAUGAUUGCUGGAGUUUCCUCAAAAAUGGAACUGAUUACAAGUAAAACUUAUGAAUGCGAGCUAAAGGACAAAACUACAGCGACUGAAAAGCAAAUAGUAGAAACUGUCAACAAGAAUGUUUCAGUUAUUCAUCAAAAGGAAGAAUCAAUGAGCAAAGAACCAGUAGAUGAUUUACAUGUAGUGUAUAAUCCAUCCAUAACUGUAGAUACAACAGAUAAAAUUGAACCAUGUGCUGAUAAUAUCAAAUUAAAUAUCUCAGAAGCCAGUUGCAAAUCUAUGGACACCCACCCUGUAAACAAUGAAAUAACCAAUUUGGAAGAAGCUGAUGCAGCGGUUACUAUGGAAACGAAUUUGGAUACUGCUGACUCAUUUGGUGCUGAUUUAAAAAUGCAGUUACUUGCUCCUAAAGAAGAAGAUUCUGCUAUGUCACCAGGAGAUAGUGAGGAUGUAAACCAUGUUACCAAAAAUAUUUGUGAUCUUGAUAAAUCUAAAGACGUUAAGCUCAUGGACGUUGGAGAAUCGCAAAUUGGCCAGGAGGCUAAAGAUGUGGUUACCAUGGAAACUACAGUAGAUGAGGAUGAAGACUCGUGGGAUACUAUGUUUGAUGAGACAGGGGAGUGUUUAAAUCAAGAACUAAAGAAGGAGAUAGAAGUCAAUCUUUCAAAAAAAGUUACAAAAAAGAAAAAGGUUGUUGUGCAAGAACCCAAGUUUGAUUAUUAUAAUUACCAACCAAAAGAUAAUUUUAAUUAUGAAGAUUUUGGUCAUGUGAUAGAAUUGUUUGAUUUUCCAACAGAAUUCAAAACUCAGGAUCUUUUAAUGUCAUUUUCUCAAUUUCAAUCCAAAGGUUUUGAUAUUAAGUGGGUAGAUGAUACCCAUGCAUUAGCAAUAUUCUCUAGUCCUAUUGCUGCAAACAGUGCCUUGGAAAUGUCCCAUCCGAUGUUGAAGUCAAGACCUAUGAUAGCAGCCACUAGAGAAUCAAAAUUGAAAGCCAGAAAUUUUGUGGAUUGUUUACAGCCUUACAAACCAAGACCAGAGACUAGCGCCAUGGCAGCAAGAAGAAUUGUAAGUGGUGCUCUAGGAAUUAAAAGUUCUGUUUCAAGGGAAAAAAGAGAUGCAGAAAGAAAGAAACUUAAAGAAGCUAAAGAUAAAAAGAAAGGAGAGAAGAAGUUGAAGGAAGACAUAUGGGAAGGAAAUGUGUGAUAUCCUGACAGCGUCUACAGUGUUUAAAUUUUAAUCUUUAAAUUUGUAUGUCUUACACAUGAGAUUGAAGUAAAAAAGUUAUUGAGCCUAAAAUAUCAACUAAUAUGAAUAAUAAUGUAACAGACUGACCACAAUGGUUAACAUUGUUGUUCCAGGAAUUUUGAAUGCACCAAAUAUUAAUACAGUAUUGCUGUAUUCUGUUUUAAAAUAAUAUUUAAAUUAUUUGUAAUGUUUUUUUUAUUUUCAAAUGUGACAGUUACUGAAGAAAUGUAAAUAUUUGGAAUCUAUUAGUCACAAAUUACGUUACGUUCAUGAAAAAACAGUUUCACAUGUUUUUUUAUAUUGGUUAGGCC